CGCAGCUUGUAAACCUGGGCAUGUUCUCCUUUGGCUAAACGAUUGUUGUUAAUCUUAAAGGCUUUGUGGGAAACAAGACGAGACCUGGUCAGAUCUGUUGCCAUGGUGGAUGUUUUAUCCAGCUGUUUUUUUCAGGUGAAGGUGCUGUCAUUGGUGCAUCACUUCAAGUGAUCUGUUGUAGCUCUGUGGUAAAAAGCAGAGAUUCCUUAAUCACACUGAGAGAAGAGCAGGAGGCAUGGGAGACAACAUACCUGGAGGAAUAGUAGCAGCUGCAAAAAACCGUCUGCAGGUGGUGAAGUGUUUGGAGGAUGUGGAGGUGUCUGAGUGUGAGAGCUGCUCCUUUGAGGUGACCCUCAACCUGGCCUACAUCGAGGGGGUGUGGACCAGGGAUGGAGUGCAACUCAAGUCUAAGCCCAACUGUCGCAUCAGCACACAUGGGAAGAAACACUCCCUGAUCCUAAACAGGGCCGCUCUGGGAGACGCCGGCCUGUUCUCUUUUCAGGCUAAUGGCAUUCAGACCUCAGGUCGACUCAGUGUCAGAGCUAGGGACAUCCACAUAGUGAAGGAGCUGGAGGAUGUCGACACAACGGAGCGUCAACCCGUGAACUUCCUGUGUGAGGUCAACCAGGUGGAUGUGGAUGGUCGGUGGUACAGAGAUGACUGCAGGAUCCGACCUGGGGACAACAUCAAGAUCAGACACCAGGGCAAGUGA